GGCUGUACAUAUUCAAGCAGAUCACUGAUAAUCUCAUACUCUGCCAUUUGCAAUCAUGAGACUCGUGGUCUGUUUUCUUUCUCUGCUCACUGUGUUCAGCGCUGGACAAUGUGGGAAUAUAUUAGUCUGGUAUACUGAGGGCAGCCACUGGAUUAAUCUAAAGAUUGUGUUGGACACUUUAUUGGACAGGGGACACAAUGUUACAGUGCUGGUUCCUGAUGGCGCUCUGUUUAUGAAAGCCAAAGAAUCGGAUCGAUUUUCCUACCAGCACUUCAGUGUGUCCACAUCUGCACAGGACAUGCAAGAUUUCUUGGAUGAAUUUCUGCAUUUCUCAGUGUUUGAGCUGGAGAAUUCAAACUUGCUGCAGAUUCAAAUGAAAUUCUUUGACCUUCUUUCCAAACAUCAACAUAUGAGUUUGUCAUACUGUGACGGCAUUCUGAAAUCUCCAGAGUUGAUGGACAAAUUGAAGACAGGAAAGUUUGACGUUCUCCUGUCAGAUCCAAUGUACCCAUGUAGUGAUAUUGUGGCUGAAGAGCUGAACGUUCCCUUGGUUUACACGUUCAGAUUCUCCCUUGCUCACACUAUGGAGCGCAUGUGUGGUCAGAUACCAGCUCCACCAUCAUAUGUUCCUGGAGCCACGAGUAAACUCACAGACAAGAUGAGCUUCACUGAGCGAAUCUACAGUAUGCUUUUCUACCUUUCUAUAGAUACUUUUUAUAGACUCAUUUGGAAAAGAUUUGACAACUAUUACACUGAAUAUCUUGGACGGCCCACUUCCUAUUGUGAGAUGAUGGGUAGAGCUGAUAUCUGGUUAAUCAGAACCUACUGGGAUUUUGAGUUUCCACGGCCAUUCGUGCCCAACUUCAAAUAUAUCGGAGGGCUUCACUGCACCCCUGCCAAGCCAUUACCCAAGGACAUGGAAGAGUUUGUGCAGAGCUCAGGGGAUGAUGGGAUCGUGGUCUUCACACUGGGGUCUAUGAUAGACAAAGUGCCCAAAGAGAUGAGCAAUAGAAUCGCCUCAGCACUGGCACAGAUACCACAGAAGGUCUUGUGGCGAUACGGUGGAGAGAAACCAGAUACUCUUGGUGAAAACACUAGAAUCUAUAAGUGGAUGCCUCAGAAUGAUUUACUGGGCCACCCCAAAACCAGAGCGUUCAUCACUCACGGGGGCACUAAUGGCAUAUAUGAGGCCAUAUAUCAUGGUGUCCCGAUGGUCGGCAUCCCCUUGUUUGGUGACCAGCCUGAUAAUAUGGUUCAUAUGACCACCAGAGGUGCUGCUGUUGUAGUAGACAGCAUUAAGAGCAUGCAGCCACAAGAACUGGUGGACAAACUCAAUACAGUCAUUAAUGACCCUUCGUAUAAAGAGAAUGCAAUGCGUUUGUCCAGGAUUCAUCACGACAGACCAAUGAAGCCUUUAGAUGAGUCUGUGUUCUGGAUUGAGUUCGUCAUGCGCAAUAAAGGUGCAAAACACCUGCGUGUGGAGGCCCACAACCUGACCUGGUAUCAGUACCACUGUCUGGAUGUGUUCGCUUUUCUUACCACUGUCCUGACUCUAGUCCUCUACAUCUGCUUUAAAAUGGCCAAAUUCUUCAUCAUGCGCUGCUGCUUUAGAUCAAAGAGGAAAAGCAAGAAAGAGUGAUUUACAGAUAUUGCUAGAGUUAAUAUGAAUACACUUUUCCAGAAGUUACAUAUUUGUGCCUAAAGGGUCCAUGAUG